UAAUGCACUUGUUCCGAGUUGGAUAGUGGCGAGAAAGCGUUUCAACCCCGGCUCAGAGAAAAACAAACCACAGAUAAUUAUUUCGAUAUGGGUAGUGGAAGGCAUCUAUACGAACUGAAGGGCAUUUAAUGGGAUACAGCCGACAUAAACUGCACCGUUUUGGACUUUAUUGACAAGUUAUCUUACCUGUUUUGGUAGAUUGCCAUGUCUAAGUAAGCUUUUCCAGGAAAUGCCAUGUUAUCUACACAGAUGCCAGAUGCGCCAUCUGAGGCUAAAGAUGUUAAACAGAUCAAAGAGAAAUUGGCACUGUCACUCAAGGCCUUGCAGAAGCGCUUUGUAACAUCAGAUGCUGUGGUAACCAGUGAAGAUGAAGAUGCAAACCUGCUCUGCUGUGCCCUGGAAGCCAUCUUCAUCCACGGAAUUAAAAGCAAGUACAUAGGUGUGGGAAAUGGGAGCCGAGGUAGAAAAGGAGACAGAAAACCCCUCCCCCAGCCUGUUUUCUGGAGCCUUCUUAAGACUGUAACACACCGUGAUGUGAUCACAGAACUGGAGAAGCUCGCCUUUGUGAGUACAGAUGUGGGUCGUUGUCGAGCAUGGCUGCGGUUGGCCCUCAACCAUGGCCUACUGGAGUGCUAUCUUGCAUCACUAUUUCGGGAGAACUCCAAGCUACAGGCUCACUAUCAGCCCAGUGCCCUGCUCCUAAACAUGGAGGAGAGAGAAGUACUCCUCAGCUACCUCCAGGGACUGGGCUCACUUACAUUUAGCCUUUCUUACAAGUCUGCUGUCCUCAAAGAGUGGACCACUACACCACUGGCUCUUGCUGGACUCUGCCCUCUGUCCCAGGCAGAAACUCUUGAAGUGUCCGUCAACGGUGGAGUUGUUGCUGGUUCAAAACCGGUGUAUAAAGAGUCAUGGGAUACAAUGUCUCAGUCAUCUGGCUCUUCAGAUGCAUUGGAUAUGCUGAGAGGGUGCCCAGUGCUGCAGGAAGGGAGUGGGUCAGGUGUGUUGCCAGAAGGUAGGACUGGUCUCAGUUCAUCUAACUUGAGCCUCGACACCACAGGCUCCUCUCAGCUCUCCUCCAGUUUAAGCUCUGAUAGCCUCCUACAGGGGCAGGACCCCCGAAGCCCUUCAGGUGAACAGUGGUCAUCCAGUGACCUGGAGGUGUCUGUUGUCAACACCUGCACCAGGAGGCCACAAAAAGACAGCUUCAGAAACUCUCCUGACUUUCGGGAGAGUCAGGACCACUGCAGUCAGGACUCUAUGCGUGAAGACUCCUUUGUUUCCAGCACAGGUCCAGACCAGUUCUCUGAGAAUGCCAUUUUUAGUGGGUCCGACAGUGAAACCCCUGCUACACCAUCACAAGAGCAGGUAGACCAGCUCCAUGAUUCUGCACCUUCAGAGUCUGCACCAGCAUCAGUUGAGCUAACAUUGUCAAGCAACGAGAACCAUAUUGAACACUCCUCUGAAAUGUGCAUUAACAACUCAUCUGAGCUCCCCUUGGACUCUGACACAUGCUCUACAGUUAAAACGACUGUAGAAGAAGUAAAAAACAUCGAUGACCAGGACAAAAAUGAGCUUUUCACAGAAGAAGAGAGUUUAACAAAGAGCCUCGUGGAGUCUUCAGAACACCAAGGUGCACGGCGCUCUACCAGCAUCCUAAGUAGGAAACUGUCGUCAGAAUCCCUACCACACUCUCGCUCAUGGAUCUCUGAGGAUGACAUCUAUAAACCCCAUCUGGAGGAGAUGUCGGAUCAGGAUGAGGUGGCUCCUUCUGCCCUUGGUGCACAGGCCCCUGAGCCCAAGGUCCCCCCGUCACCUCCCAGUGUCGUCCAUCGCAGACAAAUAGGGCUUUCUAACCCAUUUCGGGGGUUAUUGAAACUUGGUCACCUUGAACGACGUGGCGCAAUGGGAAUGUGGCGUGACUACUACUGUGAGCUGUCGCCCUUUGAGUUCCGCCUAUAUCUCAAUGCAGAAGAGCGGACAUGUUGCGAUAACUGCUCUUUGGUGCGAUGCGAAGAAGCUCGCAUCACGUCACCUGAGGGUCGCUUUGAGUUGGCCUUUCCUGGGAAGCGACUGUACCUCAGAGCGGCCAACCAUGAUGAAGCUGAGGACUGGGUGGACCGAAUUGUCGAGGCUGUCAAUAAAUGUCGGCCAGCAUCUCGUUUUGAUGACCAGUGGGAGGUGCUUCAACAUCCCUGUGAAAAUGCUGUGGAUGAACUCGCAUCCCCAACCUCUGCCCCAUCCAGCCCUGAGCGGGGCUUCUCAUCCUGUGACUCAGGGAUAAGUGUAGGGCAGGAUGCUCCUCCUCCACAGGCAUUUGAAUGGACACGUACUGUUGAUUUGGAAACAGAUGCUAUCAAAGAAUCUGUUUUGUACCUCUCUACAGAUCCUGAGGCUCGGACAUGGGUACCUCUAGUCUUUUCUCUUUCCUUAGAGGCUUUGAAAGGCUUCAAGGUUCAAGAGGGUAGAAAGUUUAUGCGGCUAAAUCACUCUAUUGAGGAAAUUAGGGAUGUGGUACCUGAUGUGUCCCUAGGUGGACCAGCCUGUUUUAAAGUCUUAACCAUUAGAGAGACACUUAGACUCAGGGCAGAAAAUGGUGACGAAGCGCGUUUGUGGAGGGUCCUGAUCCGUGGAGCUCUGGACUCGUACUUGGAGAGUGGGGAGGAUGGCGCCUCUGAGGAGCCAGUUGUAGCCCGCUUGGAAAUGGCUGGAAACCUUCACAGACUUGUGCAGCACAGACUAAAAGAAGAUGGAACACUUUUAAGUCACCUCUGUACAGUCCCAUCAGAGAAGGGCCUGGACAGCCAGAACUUCAAAUGUGCAGGAUGUCCUCAGCAGAUUGGCCCAUCUUUGGGCAGAGCCAGGUUAUGUGAGUUCUCAGGCCAGUACUACUGUGACUCAUGCCACCAGGGAGACACAACCAUCAUUCCUUCACGCAUGGUCCAUAACUGGGACCUCACACGACGAGAGGUCUCUAAGAGGGCACUGCGGCUGCUCGCUCAGGUAGAACAGGAGCCUUUGUUGAACCUGGAGCAGCUGAACCCGGAGCUGGUGAAGCAUGCAGAGUCCAUGGCUCAGGCCCACAGUCUGAGGCAGAAACUACGCUUGCUGGGCGACUACCUGCUCAUCUGCCGCAGCGGAGCCUGGAAGAAGUUACAAGCUGUAAUUGGACAGCGGUCGUACCUGUUGGAGUCCAGCCACCUGUACAGUGUCAUGGACCUACGACAGAUAGCAGAGGGCCAAUAUGUAACCUUCCUGAUUACAAUGGCACAGUAUGCCUCCAACCAUGUGUUCCAGUGUGACCUGUGUACACAACGCGGCUUCAUUUGUCAGACGUGCCACUCCAACGAAAUUAUCUUCCCAUUCCAGUUUGAAAGCACCACACGGUGUCAGGAUUGUAAGGCUGUGUUUCAUCUGGCCUGUAAAGCCCCAGGACAAUCCUGUCCACGCUGUUUGCGAAUGAAGAAAUACCUGGAGAGGGAUCUGCAAGACUGAGCACAGCCAGCAGACCGCUGUUCCCUGAAGUAGCCCUUUAACACAAAGAAACGUUACUGAAUAUUGAAACAAAAUCUAGCUUUUACAUGAAGUAACCUCAAGUGCAAUUAUGAAAGCGACAUGCCUGACCUAACUGACCUAAAACCCAACACACCGAAGAGGACGGUGGAAGAACCAGAGUGCUACAGUAGCUGAACUCUCUUGUGUUACUUUAGAGGCACAGUAAGCCUCGUUCGGUGAUGUUAACCUAACACAGCCAAUUGUUACUGACCAGUGACUUUCAUACCUCUGCAAAUUCUGAUUCAGCUGUGCCACGGCAUCAAUAGUACAACUGGACACAAGUGAAGGUCAUUGCCAAGAACUUUAAAUACUUUACGUCUUAUUGUGUCGACUACAAUGUUGUCAACCACCAUGUUUACCAGAAGAGCUCUACUGUACAAUUUACAUUUGUCUUGGAUGCACAAAGUGAGAUAUUUAAAUAUAAUCCAGCAGUGUGGUUGGACAAAAUUAAUGAAAAAAACAGCACCUGAAAUGUUGUAAUUAACAGGUUUUGAUUGUGCCUUCUUUUUAUUUAAGCUUUACACUAUUUAACUCUUGGUAUGUAACUAAUGCUGGGCCAAAAAGCAUUGUAAAAAAUGCCAAGGCAGGCUUUUUAAAUUGCCAUAAUGAUGACAAAAUUCUUUUUCUGUAUUAGACACUUUGAUUUUUUUUGUGUGUGUAUGUUAAAAAAAAUCACCAGGAAAACAAUGUUGAAUGUUCUCUUAAGCAUCUAAUUUUUUAAGCUGGCAGAAUGGGGAUUUUGUGUGUUUAAAAAAAAUACUUCUAGUCUAAACAGAGCAGAGAUUUAAGAAAAUAAUUUGCUGAGAUAUUUGAUGCUGCUUGUGUGGUGAGCCCCACAGAGGAAAUUUAUGUAUCAGAAAAAAACACUUUUGAAACAUGUUGGUGUACAUUAAGAUUAUUGUGGGAAAAAAAAUUAAUCUCAGUGAUUCUUAAGUCAAAUUUUUUUCCAGUUUUGCUGAUAUUUUGCAUAUUUGCACUCACUGUAGCUAUGACUGUUAAAUGGGUAUGCCAACUGCAGCUCAGUUGUAAUAUCCUCUAGCAUAUGGAAUGGCCCCCAAUACAUUCUUUGUCCUCCAAAUUUUUCUCUGACGUGGAUUACAACUAACACACAAUACAUCUAGAUACAUAUUAGCAGUAUAUGCAGAGAACAGAAGUCUAUGAAGGUUUACAGUGAAGUCUAUUGGGGAAUUUUCAUAACAUAUCACAAUGAAAUUGCUAACUGUGGCCUAAUGGCAAGUUCAACAUACUGCAGUACUGUUAUUCUUGUUUUUUUUUUAUUUUAUCAUUUACUAUGUGUAAUGUAGAAAUAUAAAAUAAAUGAUGAAUA